CUGAAUGCGCGACGACAGAUAAGCGAUAGCAGUCCGACAGCGCAAAACUAGCCUACUUCUAUUCCAGUAAAAUCGGGGAUAAAAACACUUCGUGUGCGAUAGUGUGCGUUUUUAAACGGCGUUUCGAUAAUUUUUCCUUAAAUCGGCGAUCUACGGUAGUCGUAAUGCUAUGAUGCCCUUGCAUUGACCUCCGCGGUGAUCAAUAUUUCUACUCAACACGCUUGUACACUAUAACUAAAUAAUAUUUGAUCGACGAGUGUAAGAUUUGAGCGGUUUACAAUUUUAGUAGCGCAUUCGAACUCAGCUUGCACAGAUGACUAUCAACCGUACGAAACAGCAAAUUUAUUUGAACUUGUGCUAGCGUUGCGAAGUCGGACCUACAGCAAACUUCGAAAAUGACAGAGCGAAGGUUAGGACAAAACGGAAUCGUGCAGCCGCUACUUACAGAUCUCUAUCAAAUAACCAUGGCCUACGCGUACUGGAAGUCGGGCAAGACAAAGGACUACUCCGUGUUCGAUCUUUUUUUCCGUAAGAAUCCAUUCCAGGGGGAGUUCACGAUCUUCGCCGGCCUGGAAGAAUGUUUGAAAUUCUUGGAGAAGUUUCACUAUUCUAUUAGCGACAUCGAAUACUUGAAGCAGACUUUGCCGUCUAAUAUAGAAGAAGAGUUUUACGAAUUUCUGAGCUCCGUGUCUGCGAAAGACGUAACAUUGUAUGCUAUUGCGGAAGGGUCCGUUGCAUUUCCCAGGCGGGAGGAUUGCAGAGUGCCGCUUAUGAGAGUUGAAGGUCCCUUGAUCAUAGUGCAACUGCUUGAAACGACGUUGCUGACUUUGGUGAACUACGCAAGUUUGAUGGCCACAAAUGCUGCUAGGUACCGCAUGGCAGCAGGGAAUAUGAAACUGUUCGAGUUCGGUUUGAGGAGGGCGCAAGGACCCGACGGAGGUCUUUCAGCGUCAAAAUAUUCCUAUAUAGGGGGAUUCGACGGUACCAGCAACGUAUUAGCCGGCAAACUCUUCAAUAUCCCGGUGAAAGGGACACACGCUCAUGCAUACAUUACGUCUUUCAACGGAUUCACGGACCUCCGCAACACCAAGCUGGAACCUAAAGCCGGCGGCGAACCGAGAGACCUCCUCCAGCUGGCCCUCGCCUGGAGAACCGACUUGGUUCCCAUUUUCAAGGUUGUGGCUUCCGAGGCGAGCGACGGAGAAAUGGCUGCGCUGAUUUCGUUUGCUAUUGCAUUCCCUGAUGGAUUUAUGGCUUUAGUUGAUACGUAUGACGUUAAGAGGUAUUCCUGUCGCAUGACCCACGCCACCCCCGUGUGGCCUGUCACUCUGCCCAACACCCAAUCGCAUAACGAGUACAGGAGUGGCCUUCUUAAUUUUUGCUCAGUAGCGCUAGCAUUAAACGAGUUAGGAUAUAGAGCUGUUGGAAUCCGUUUGGAUAGUGGCGAUUUGGCUUAUUUGUCUAACGUUGCUCGCCAGUUCUUCAGUGAAAUCAGCGAAAAAUACAACAUUCCAUGGUUUCAAGACUUGAUGAUAAUGGCUUCCAAUGAUAUUAACGAAGAGACUAUUCUCAGCCUGAAUGAACAAGGACAUAAAAUCAACUGCUUUGGUAUCGGUACCCAUUUGGUCACCUGUCAGAGGCAGCCUGCUCUAGGUUGCGUUUACAAACUAGUCGAAUUAAAUGAUCAGCCUAGGAUUAAGCUUAGUCAAGACGUUGCUAAAGUUACCCUGCCUGGACGCAAAGACGCUUACAGACUAUACAGUGAGAGUGGACAUGCUCUUGUCGAUUUACUCCAAAGGUCUGACGAAUCGCCGCCAGCCAUUAAUGAGAAAGUUUUAUGCCGACAUCCUUUCAUUGAGUCGAAAAGGGCAUACGUCAUUCCUUCAAGAGUAGAAAAAUUGUUAACAGUAUAUUGGAAGGACGGUGCUAUUUGUCAGAUGUUACCAGAUCUUCAACAAAUAAAAGAAGGCGUGCAGACAUCUUUGAAAACUUUGAGGCCUGAUAUUAAGAGAAACCUGAAUCCGACUCCUUUCAAGGUUGCCGUUAGUGAUUGCCUGUACACGUUUCUUCAUAAUCUGUGGCUAGAGAAUGCUCCAAUUGGAGAAUUGUCGUAAGACGGCAGAGAUGCGGGCUGCCUACUUAGGAGCGUAAUAGUCACACUUUAAUGCUUUAUACAUAUACCUAGUACAAAUUUUAUGUCCACUCAUGUUACACCUAUUUAAUAAAAAAAGCACAGGAGGACUUGUCACGUAUCUUGGC